AUGGGCAUGUUCGUGGUCGCUCCUUACCACCACCACCACAGCGGCCACGAUUCCGCUGGCAUCAAUCUCGCCAAUUCAGAUCCAAUUUCCUCCACCGCCCUUGGGGUUGGGAUGGGCGUGAAUGUAAUCCCGCUACUCUCCGCCGCUCCGUGCCUCCCGCCGGACGACGACGGCGGGUGCUACCCUAACGCCGUCGUCCGCGGCGGGAAGGUGAGUAGCGGGAUACAGUUCUGGCAGAGCCAGCAGCAGUUUUCUAAUUCUAACAAUAACAACAGCAUGAAGAAGAGUAAUGCUUCCCCUUCGAAUCUCGACGACAAUUCUGCGAUUCUGCUUCAAGGAGUAGGAGGAGGAGGCGGAGGAGUUGUGGGUGGUGGUGGUGGUGGCGGCGGUGGCGGGAUGAUGAUGAGUUCGAGCUCGAUGGCGACGUGUCAGGAUUGCGGGAACCAGGCGAAGAAAGACUGUCCGCACCGGAGGUGCCGGACUUGCUGCAAGAGUCGAGGGUUUGACUGUGCGACCCACGUGAAGAGCACGUGGGUGCCCGCCGCGCGGCGGAGGGAGCGGCAGCAGCUGUCGACCGGUGGUGGUGGUGCCGGCGGGUCUUCUGCGUCUACUUCUGGUGCCAAGAAACCUAGGCUGGUUACGGCUUCUCAGACCACCACCACUUCCCAUACUUCCACUUCCAACACCACUCCGUCAAGGAGCUUCGACACCACCUCCAGCCAUCAAGAUGCUGGAGUAAUGAGGGAGUCCCUGCCGGGACAAGUACGUGCACCGGCGGUGUUCAGGUGCGUAAGGGUGACGGCGGUGGAGGAUGGAGAAGAUGAGUACGCGUAUCAGGCGGUGGUGAAGAUUGGAGGUCACGUCUUCAAAGGAGUUCUGUAUAACCAAGGACCCGAAACCAGUAGCAGUACAAGAGAUGGGACCUUCCCUAACUUGUCUGAGUUGCACUUGGGUGGCGGCGGUUCGUCUUCGUCUCCGAUCAUGGAUCCGUCGGAUGUUUACGGUGGUGCUUCCGGCGGGUUGCGUGGAGGAUCGACGUAUGGACAUCCCAUGAACUGA